UGUGCAUUUCACUUGCCACAACUGUAGUUAUGCAAUAUACUAGAUAUGCCAUUCUACACAGUUUGUACUUUUCAAAACAAGUCUCUACGACCCGGUAUGAGUACAGUCAUGUACAUCCGUGUGAAUUGGACAAUGCAAUCAUGUCCUCUGUGAGUUAUUAUAUCAGCAGUCUGGCUCUUAGUUACUGUAAGACAUGUAUAUAUAACGAGGAAGCAAAUCUAACGUUUUAACGGAUGACGUUUCUUCGUUAUAAUAAGAUCCGUUGAGGCCGUACUGCUUCAUAUAUGCUGUGUAUGGAUAUGGCAGAAUACUGCAAGAUCGUUAACAUAUCUUCUCGUUAACCUAUGAAUUUUGGACAAUCGUUAAAUUUGCGACUCGUUAUAAUAACAUGUCUUACAGUAGUUGGUAGUGUGUGAUUGUGACUAAAUAGAGCUGGGAAGUGUACGCGACAGUCAGGCCGGAGUAAUAACAAGUAAACAACGCUGACUUUUUGGAUCCACUUGCAAUCAGAUUUUGUGUGCAUCCUUACUCGUUGGGUAGUUUCCUUGAGGAUAGGAUGACAUCUGGGCCAGUACUGCUGCUGACUGGACUGCCUGUUCAGAAACACUCGCCAGCAUGCGACAUGAGGCACCUACCCUCCAGAUACUUCACUUAACAAUGAUCCUAGUGUAUCCCACUUGAUCCAGAAAUCAUUUUGUCGAUUUCUGACGUCAUCAAUUCCAAGCCAUAUAUGGCUUUGUUGUCAUGGUUACAGCAUGUAGGUCGCCGGGCCGGGGUGCAUGACCUAUAUCUGUGCAGUCAUGAGUGCAUCUCAUGAGCCAUUCCAUGCUUGUCUGGAGGCUGCUACUUGUAAUACACGUAUGUGUGUGUGUCUGUGUGCAAAGUGUGUGCUGCACUUGUAUGGAUGAUGCAUUCCCUGAUAAAAGUUUUGGCCCGGGGGUGAGGUCUGUUAUCAAAGUCACACAGUGAGUUACUUUUCAGAAAUUUACUGUCUACUGACAAGAAAGAAAGAUGGAGGAUGCACGCAGUACUAGUGGUUGUAGUGAUUGUGGUGGAGCAAUGGCCAGUGCAGAGGCAUCUCCCUCAAUUCUAGCACGUGCUGUCGUUCAGCAGUGUGUUUCUGCUCGCCUGCAAACCAACUACAACUCGGUGGGAGCUGACCAAGAGCGGGCUGAGUUUGUGCACAUUGGACGGGGAAUGGUGGUGUUCGUGUGCUUCCUGAAGCAGGCCUCUGAGGCAGUAGCAGAGCGGCUUGCGCUGAGCGUGCUGAAAGCGCGGCUGUGCGAGAGCGCUGACAGUGGGAAGAAAGUGUCAGUCCUGGAUUGCUGUGGUGAUGUACUGAUUGUACCUCAAGCUACGCUGGGCGGUGUCCUCAAAGGAAAGCAGUUCCAGUAUCAUAAGAACAGCAGUCCGGAGCAGGGAAGCAGCUUGUUUGAGAAGUUCUCCAAUGUAGUCAAACAGACCAUGCAGUCAGGAAAAGCAGAGCGCACGGGCACUGUGGCUGUCGGCACGUAUGGCAAUCGCCAGGUUCUCUGUAUGGAAACGAACGGCCCUUCCACUCAUAUCAUUGAUCUGUGACCGGAGCCGCUAAAUAGUGCUCACUGCUAUGGUGCUCUUUAUCACUGCUUUCUUUCCCA